AACUGCUCGGUGAAUAACUUCAUCGUUUACUAUACCUAGGCUUUUAACGAGAGUUACUGACACGGCCAUGGCUUCUGUAGUUUAUACCUCUACCAGCUGCACGAACUAUUCCUUUUAAAAUCAUCUAGUUAGCUGCAGGAGUUGUUUAGCAACAGUCGCCCGUGCUAGUUUUAGCUAGCUACCGUUAGUUAGCUACUGUGUUAGCAUCACGCUUGACUCGCAACACACAGCUGGUUUAGAAGUAGUUAACUUAAUUAAUAAUGAAUUGGUAAUUAAAUACCAUUUCGCUUAAUCCGCUGGUACAUGCUGCUACUUUACAAUUCUCCCACCGGUUUUUUCAGACACAAGUGUAACGUAAGCAGGCUUUAUACGUCUCCCUGACUGGCCUGUCAGCUAAACCACACACUAUAACGUUGUGCUGCAGUCAUGCCAAAUUUCAGCCACAAAAUGAGAACUUGAGUUCAGUUCUAUUUUAUUCAAAUGCGCUGGUACAUUUGUCGUGGACAUGACCAUUUAGUAGUACUUAGUUGUUGGUUGAAGUGUUUGGCGUUUGGAGUUGGUCCGCACAAUGCUAGGCGGUGCAGAGUGGAUGCUGAUGGGGGACGAAAAGGAGACCUGGAAAGUAAAAACUCUUGACGAAAUCCUACUUGAGAAAAAACGCAGAAGAGAAUUAGAAGAGAGAACAGAUCCCAAGCGCCAGAAAAAUGUAAAGUAUUUCAAAGUUAAUUUCACACAGGGCCUUGCUCCACAGGCGGAUGAUCGGGAAUCCAAACGAGACACUCCUGAGGAAGGAGAAUUACGGGAUCAAAGAAUGGAAAUAACAAUUCGUAAUUCCCCGUACACACGGGAAGACUCAACGGAAGAUAGAGGUGAGGAAGAUGAAUCACUUGCAAUCAAGCCUCCACAACAGAUAGCGAGGAAAGACAAAUCUCACCACAGAAAGGAGGAGAAGAGAAAAGAUAAAAGACGUCAUCGCAGUCACUCCGAUGACGGAGCAGGGAAACAUGCACGACCGAAAGACAAAGAAAAAGAGCGAGAGAGCGAUCGCAGGAAGCGUCAGUGGGAAGAAGACAAAGCCCGGCGAGACUGGGAGAGGCAGAAACGAAGGGAACAGGCCAGAGCUCAUUCACGCAGAGAGAGACCUCGAGUGGAUUCUCCUGGGUUUUUUUUGGACCACAGGGACCGGCUGGAGCAGCUGGAGCGCCAGCGUGAACGGGACCGAAAGCUGCGUGAGCAGCAGAAAGAGCAACGGGAGCUCAAGGAUCGAGAGAGGAGGGCUGAGGAGAGGCGCAAAGAAAGAGGGGCUCGACGAGAAGUGCCGUCUCACCACCGGAUGCUACCUGAUGAGUAUGUUGAGAAGCCUAAACCAAGUCACCGCAGCCGAAGUCCCACCCAUGUUCCCCGGGACAGAUCUGAACACAGCGAACCACGGAAAAGUGCAACACUGAAGGAGGAGAAGCCGGAGGGCAAAGACCUGCUCGCAGACCUCCAGGACAUCAGUGAUAGUGAAAGGAAGACCAGCACAGCAGAAUCCUCCAUGGCAUCAGGUUCAGGCUCUGAUGAAGAGGAGGAGGAUGACGAUGAUGAAGAGGAGUCCAGCAGCCAGAGUGAGGGUGAAGAAGAAGAAGAGGAGGAGGAGGAGUCUGUCUCAGGCUCAGGAAGGUCUGAGCAGAGUGCAGAGGAUGUGAGUGAGGAAGAGCAGUCAGAGGAAGACUUUGAAGAGGAGAGGGAAAAUGGAAAUCACAUACCUGCAGUGCCAGAGUCCCGUUUUGACCACGACUCCGAGGAGAGUGGCGAGGACAUGGAAGAAGAGGAGGAGGAGGAGGAGGAGGAGGAGGAGGAGGAGGAUGAUGAAGCAGGAGAGGGUGACCCCACUCCUCACUCUCAGACUCACUCACGCUCCCCCACACCUGAAGAGAACUACAUCCCUGACUCCCCCCCAAUUUCCCCUGUGGAGCUGAAGAAGGAGCUGCCCAAAUAUAUGCCUGCCUUACAGGGUUGUCGCAGUGUUGAGGAAUUCCAGUGUCUCAACCGAAUAGAAGAGGGAACUUAUGGUGUGGUGUACAGAGCCAAGGACAAAAAGACCGAUGAGAUUGUGGCCCUGAAAAAGCUGAAGAUGGAGAAGGAGAAGGAGGGCUUCCCCAUCACCUCUUUAAGAGAAAUAAAUACAAUUCUGAAAGCUCAACACCCAAACAUCGUCACAGUAAGGGAAAUAGUUGUUGGAAGCAACAUGGACAAGAUCUACAUCGUGAUGAACUAUGUGGAACAUGACCUGAAGAGUCUGAUGGAAACCAUGAAGCAGCCCUUCCUGCCAGGUGAGGUAAAGACUCUGAUGAUUCAGCUGCUUCAAGGAGUCCGACAUCUCCACGAUAACUGGAUUCUGCACCGUGAUCUGAAGACAUCCAAUCUGCUCCUGAGCCACAAGGGUAUCCUCAAGAUUGGUGACUUUGGUCUGGCCCGGGAGUACGGUUCCCCCCUGAAGCCGUACACCCCUGUAGUGGUGACCCUGUGGUACCGGUCACCAGAACUGCUGCUUGGAGCCAAGGAGUACUCCACAGCUGUGGACAUGUGGUCAGUGGGCUGCAUAUUUGGCGAGCUCCUGACCCAGAAACCUCUUUUCCCUGGAAAAUCUGAAAUUGACCAAAUUAACAAGAUUUUCAAGGAUCUGGGGUCACCCAGCGAGAAGAUCUGGCCUGGCUACAGCGAGCUGCCCGCUGUGAAGAAGAUGACUUUCACAGAGUAUCCCUACAACAACCUGCGAAAGCGCUUUGGAGCACUGCUCUCAGACCAAGGCUUUGACCUCAUGAACAAAUUCCUAACUUACUGCCCCAGUAAGAGGAUUGUGUCAGACGAGGCACUCAAGCAUGAGUACUUCAGAGAGACGCCACUGCCCAUCGACCCAUCCAUGUUCCCCACCUGGCCGGCCAAGAGCGAGCAACAGAGGGUGAAGAGAGGCACCAGUCCUCGUCCACCCGAGGGAGGCCUGGGCUACAGUCACCUGGGCGAUGAUGACCUUAAAGAGACAGGCUUUCACCUGACAACCAGCAAUCAGGGAGCGUCUGCAGUCGGUCCAGGAUUCAGCCUCAAAUUCUGAGCCUGAAACUGCAGGACACCUGGCUGUCUAACUGAGAAAGAGGGAGCAAAGAGUUCUGGGACUUGUCUGGUGUCACUGGUUUACAACCAUAAACCAGAUUAAUAUCUGAUCCAUUACUACUGUUACCAAAUAGUCAGGACUGUUUCACAGCAAGACUGGUGGCUCCGACACAUUGAAUUUUAAGAAUUUUUCCCUCGACUUUUCAGCUUUUCUUUCUGUAUUUUCAAGCCAUUUAACCAUUUCAAAUGUGGCCAUUUUAGCUCUUAAAGAGGAGACACAACCAUUAAUGUGUUAGAAAUUUAGCUCUCAUGUUUGACUUUUGUUUUAUUUUCCCUUUAAUACCUCAAGAGAGAGGACCAGAUUUUAUAAAUGGUUGGUAUUUCCUGGCUGCUUGAGCUACUGUAUAAUGAUGCAGCAUUGGCUGUGUUUUCCAUCCAGCAUAAUGUUCGAAAUUUAUUUGGGACUGUAAGCUCAUUGGAUGACAUGGGGACCUUGUUUUUGCUAGAAAUAAAGUUUGAAACUUUG